AUGCCGUCGGACACGACCUCAAAGAUUGAUUCGCACGCGAGUUUCCAGACAAGAAUUGAUGCUCUAGGGGCAAGACUAGAAAAUCUUGAAAAGAAUUCUCAACAUCCUCUCGAAAAUGAUCGCUCGAGAUAUUCCACGGGGCUAGCCGAAACAUUGCCCCGGAUGAACGAGACAAACCAGGGGAGCAAGUCCACUGAGGUAUCGAGUAUCCCAUCGCGUGUUACCACCCCUAACGAUUCUUCUCAUCGGACGGCAGAAGCCCAUCGAUUCAUCCAGAACGAGCUUGAGCAGAACGAUGGCAUGACUAAGGAUCGUCAAAACGUGCUCACGUCGGCUUUAGAUUUCGUUGCCAGAUUCUCUCAUCCUUCGCUUCCUCAACCCAAUCUAAAUGUUUUAGACACAGAAGAAGAUCUAGUGUCUGGAUCAACUCCCCCUGAGCUACUUUAUAUGAUGCUUCCAGUGGAGACAACCGAUGAGAUUGACGAUGAGACUCAGGCUAGUCUCUACUGGUGCUAUUACCUCGACAAGGUUCUGAGUUGUCUUUUCGUACGACAACCUUCUCUUCCGAAAUUGCGCAUUGAUCCGGCUUCUAUGAUCCCCGUCAACUCCGCAAAUCCUCUUCAGACAACAGUGAAGAUAAUGGUGGAAAUGGCGAAAAUACAGGAGGAGGUGCUAGAAAUGCAGCUCAAUCAAGAUGUUGUUGCAGACAAAUCUCGGGUCGAUGCGAUAGUAAUCUCCGCAGAUUCUCUCUUAGCUCUCAUCAAAGAGGUAAUCUUGCUUUACCCCUUCCAAUUUUAUGGUGAUAACUAA